UCUAAAAUCCAUUAUAUUUUUCAAAAUUAUACAUUUAGGUUUUAUUUGAUCAUGGGAUUAACUUUGACAACCAAUACACAUGGAGUGAGCAACCUCAAUGUUUCCAUCUCACAAACUGUGGGAGAUGAGAAAUUCAAAACAUUGGCGGGCCUAUUUGCUAAUAUGAGUUUGGAGGGAGCUCCUUUUUUUCGAGGUGUAUUUGGUGAAAUUCAAUUCUCUGGCAACUCCUUGGGUAUAUCCUAUGCUCAUGUGGCCUAUAAUGGCAUAAAUAUGCAAAAUUAUUUACGUUUGAAUAUCUUCAGGGAUCCAUACGAGUCCAUCGAUUUAAAAAUGUUCCACAAUGAGACAAGAUUCAAUAACUCAUUUGGAUUUAGACGUUUUGGAGGUAAUUUGUCUUGGACUUACUUUGCUGGUCACUCAAUAGGUUUUGGGUUUUCGCAAAGCACUGCACUCAAUACCACAGCUAUGGAAGCCAUAUUUAAGUUGAAUCUAUGGAAAUCGGAAAAGGGCAACUGCAGCUUAGAUCUCAACAGCAAUUUAAUACAUUUCAUUCGAGGUCCUUUGGAAGGUCAUCAGGAUGUAAUGGCUUCACUUACAAUAUCUUUUGCUCUUUAAGUGAGUGUUUCUGGGUUUCACAUUGCAUACAUGGUUCAACAUUGCAAGGAUUUUUUAGAUUAUCAUAUAAAAGCAAUCUACACAGUCAUAAUAAAUGCUUUAACGCAGUUUGGGAUUUAAAAA